AUGGCUGCCCCUCCUGAGCCUUCCUUCAACGAGUCGUCUGCCAACAUAGCAGAUGAAAAAGUCGACUUUCCUAGUGAUUUGGAGCCCGGCGAGAUACUCCGUCCUGGUUACCAAGCCGACAACACCUCAUCCGACACUAUCGCCGAUGGGGCAACCCGUACAGUCAAUCAUAACGUGGAAUCGCAGCACGGCCACUACGAGACGAGAUCAGUAACAACCAGACAAGGCGAAGCUAAAACCUGCAAGAUAGUAUGCUUCAGCACCAACGAUCCUACCAAUCCCAAGAACUGGUCCAAGGCGCGAAAGUGGACCGUCACUCUCACUUUGAGCUGGGUAUGCUUCGCGGUAGCGUUUGCCUCGGCAGUUAUAACUCCAGGCAUCGCUGGCGUUGUUGAGCGCUUCGAUACGUCGAGCGAAGUUGCUUUACUGACAAUCACUCUCUUUGUGUACGGUUUUGGCAUUGGGCCUCUUGUCUUUAGUCCCUUGUCAGAACUUUGCGGGAGACGCAUCAUUUAUGUACUGACCUUUGGUGUUGCGGUUAUUUUCAUAGUUCCGUGUGCCGUGGCUCAGAAUAUCGAGACGUUGCUGGUGUGCCGGGCCAUUGAUGGCAUUGCUAUGAGCGUGCCCGUUGCAACUAUUGGCGGUAGUCUUGCAGACAUGUGGCGACCUGAAGAACGCGGAAUUCCGAUGACAGCGUUCAGUGCUGCCCCUUUCCUGGGACCGAUCAUGGGCCCGAUGAUUGGCGGCUUUGUGUACGAGAACAAAGGAUGGCGCUGGCUGUACUGGCUACAACUCAUUCUCUGCGGUUUCCUGUUUGUGUGUCUCGUCGUCCUUGUCCCCGAAACAUAUGCCCCUGUCAUACUCGAAAAGACAGCCAAGAAGCUGCGGAAGCAGACUGGAGACGAUAGUUAUGUUGCGGAACACGAACUUGCUCAGCACACGUUUGGGGAAAUUGCGCAGAUUUAUCUCGCCCGGCCUCUUAGGUUGUUAGUGAUCGAGCCGAUUGUCACGUUGUUCGCCAUCUAUGCAGCUAUACUGUAUGGCCUUCUCUACAUGUUCUUCGUGGCGUAUCCGAUCGUCUUUGAAGAGGGCAAAGGCUACUCGCCUGGAAUUGCGGGGCUCAUGUUUAUUCCCAUAUCAGGAGGCAUCGUCGUCGGCCUCGUCGGGGCACCGUUUGUAAACGCUCAUUACAACAAACUUCGGUCGCAGCACACCGGUCAUCCACCGCCUGAGCUCCGCUUGAUUCCGAUGAUCUGGGGUUGCUGGCUAAUCCCAAUCGGUGUCUUUAUCUUUGCCUGGACUUCGUACGAUAACCUAACGUGGGUCGGGCCAUGCCUCGCCGGUCUUCCAAUCGGCAUCGGAUUCGUCUUUCUCUACAAUUCAUUCAACAACUAUAUCGUAGAUGCAUAUCAGCACACGGCCGCCUCGGCGCUCGCGGCCAAGACACUUGUUCGCUCAAUUUGGGGUGGAUCGACUGUUCUUUUCACUACGCAGAUGUAA